AACUGAAUCAAGGAUAUCAACAGCUCGGAUAAUUGCCUUUGGCCAUUUAAAAUGUGGAACGGAAAAUGCCACAUGCAAACUUCGCCCUCUUUCAUACAUCAAAGGUCAUCUUCCUUGUCAAUUGUUCAUCAGCCACAUCAUCACUCACAGCCCCAACAGCACUAUCAACCCCAUAGUCAUCAGCCGGACAUAACGUCCUUGCGAUCGGUGAGUUCGGAGGAUGUUUCGGGGGCAGCAAAAGGAAAAUGUUGUAGUGCCGCCGCGCGAAAUCCUGCCAUUAAGACUGGACGUCGUAUCCAAUUGUUUCAGAUGAUCAUUCUACCAUUCAUUCCUAUCUUGGCGUUGAUUGUCCAGACAUCGGUUAUAUUGCACAAUUUAUUAAUUUAUCGCAUGGAAGUAUCCGAUAUCGAAACACAGGUAACAAUUGCUACAGAUUUAGGCAAGGUCGUGACACGGCUGCAAUUAGAACGUUCUGAAGUGGCUUUUUACGUUUUUACGAAUGGAAGUCACACAAGGUCAAAUUUAACACAACGCUUCGCUAUAACAGACCAAGCCUUGAAUAACAUGACAACGUGGAGUGAAGUGAGUGUGCCUUCUCACGAUGACGAGGAUAUCGGAGUUAUGUUGAAUCGGACUGAGUUCUUAAGUCGGCUAAACGAUUUUCGCGACAAAAUCAGCUCAGAGGAAAGCAGUAUUGCAGAAGUAAUGAAUUGGUACACGUCAAUUACUCGAGGGAUGUUGAACCAUCUUACCGAGCAAAUAAAGGAGACAGACAAUAGCGGAGUUUGGAGAUACUUACUCGGUUUCAAGAAUCUUUUACGAAGCAUUGAAUGUAUUGGCAUAGCAACUUCUUAUGGGAUCAAGUACUUCGGCCGGGGAGUUCUCGGUACUGAGGCUUAUGUGGCCUACAUCAAACAUGAUAGUCUUGGGAAGGAUUUAUUGAAUGGAACUUUGAAUUAUGUCCCAUCACUUUUCGAUAUAUAUCGAAAUUUAAAUCUUUCAAAAGCUGACUAUGGAAACUUGAAAAACUGGAGUAACAUCAUACUCAAGAAUAGAAAGAAGAGUCCAAGUGUUGAGGACUCGAUUGAUUAUUACGAUUUGAUGGCUAAGUACGUUGACGAGCUACGGAAACUUCAAAGAGAGUUGAGGAUUAAGAUAAGGGACUAUGUGGAAAAUACGCUAGUGGAUGCAAGUAACAAAGAAGCGGUUGGCAUUGCUAUUCUAAUUGUAGUCCUUCUGGUAUCACCGAUCAUUAUCAUUUUGGUCCGUAACGCGGCAGCAACAAUUCAGAUGUAUGCCGUUAACUUAGCAUUGAAAGCGAAAGAACUGAAGCGGGAGAAACGCAAGAGCGACUCAUUAUUGUUCCAAAUGCUUCCCCCUUGUGUUGCAAUGCAGUUGAAGCAGACACAACAGGUUCCUGCGGAAUGCUAUGAAAUGGCCACCAUUUAUUUCAGCGAUAUUGUGGGCUUCACUGAAAUUGCUGCAGAGUGUACUCCACUUGAGGUGGUUACUUUUUUGAAUACCAUCUACAAAGUCUUUGAUGCAAGGAUUGAAUGCUAUGACGUAUACAAAGUCGAAACAAUCGGAGACUCGUACAUGGUUGCAUCGGGAUUACCAGUGAGAAAUGGCAAUAAACAUGUAUCUGAAAUUGCAACUAUGGCAUUGGAUCUCUUGGAUGCGUCCAGCUUAUUUAAGAUUCCUCGUCGGACGGCGGAAACGCUACAAAUUCGUUGUGGAGUGCACACAGGACCUGUCGUGGCCGGGAUAGUUGGGUCGAAAAUGCCUCGAUAUUGUCUUUUUGGAGACACAGUGAACACAGCUUCAAGGAUGGAAUCGACUGGUGAGGCCCACAAAAUUCACAUUACCGCGGAGAUGAAUGAGGCUUUGAUGAAAGUCGGAGGAUUUAAAACAGAACCACGCGGAAUGAUUGACGUUAAGGGAAAAGGACUUAUGAGUACUUAUUGGCUUACCUGUAAGGACGGACCAGUGAUAGUGCGUGAGGAAAUAUCUUGGUUUGCUGACAUGCAGCCGGUUUUCUUGCAGAAUUUAAAAAAUGAAAGUUUCAAGAAAUGCAAGUAGAUAGAAUUUAAAAAAAAUGAAAUUUUUCUUAGUGUAUAUUUCGACAUAUUUCAAUUCAAUAUUGUCUAAGAUUUUAAACAAAAUUUCAUGAUUAUUAAUAAUUUUACGGUGUUUUAUGGACUGAAUUAAAUGGUAUUAAAUCGAAGGAAAUUUUCGAAUUAUAAACGUUAUUGUGUAA